AUGGACAGCCGCCCAGAAGAACCUGCAGACCCGACGGAGGUUGUGGAUAAUCCGUUGCCGCCCAGUGUCCCAUAUGCCUCUGUGCCUCUUCUUGUCGGGGAGGAGUAUGCUGCUCCUCUUAGCUGUGCAAUAAACCCAGCAAAAGAUCUUAUCGCAUGCGGAACGGAGACAGGAGUGCUUCUCAUUUAUCACUCCUUUUCGAUGCAGCUUGUCCGUUCACUGAAAGUGGAUGAAAAUGCCAUCUAUAAACUUAUUUGGGCCCCAGAUAGCCAAUCUAUAUUGGCCAUCACUAUGGGCUCAAUCCUAUGGGUCUCCCUUGCCAGAGAUACUAGCAUAACUAGGAUGGUGAGCGGAGACUCGAUCUACGUUCCCGGGCAGGCAGCCAAGGGAGGUUCGAACGAAUACUUAACUACGCAGGGAACUGGCAGGGAAGAUCCACUCAGGGAACCCCAGGGAGACAUUAUAGAGGCGUGGAGUCUAGAGGAUCAAGAGCUCUCCCUAUUGUCAUAUUCUAUUUCAGCAUGGUUAAUAGAAGUCGAUCCUUCUGCUCUCCAUUAUACAAAGUUCGGUGCUGAAAAUUUCCGCUAUAGAUCUUGCUUCCGGGUCAUAGGAGUAGAGCUACUCAUUACCGUAGCACUAAACUACUAUGAAGCCACUGGGCUGAAGUCUAUAAUCUUUCUUGCAAAUAAGUGCAACGAUCCAUCGUCAGACAUGCACUCCUGGGCAGCUAUCAACGAAGUCGACUACACAGCUGCCCUUGCCGAUGCCUUUGGUGUGACCAGCAUUCCGGCCACAUCUGAUGUCCUGGCGAUCACGGGGCACGUCUUUGUAGUCUCAACUGGUCUUAAGUAUGUCAUUUUUCGUCGCAAUACACUAUUUACGCCUUACAAUCUCGCUGGAAAGGUGGAUUAUGCAUCUCAGUUGCUAAUCCAGGGUAUAGGGUACACAGGGUCUGUUAAUGAGCGGCGAUUUGAAGCCCAUAAGCAAACCCUUCAUACCAAUGAAGAGCCAACAAUUGCCGUCACGUUUGUAACAACUAAGCAAACGAUGGCGGUUACCAAUUUCAGCACUGGUAUCGAUACUAAGAACACAGGUGUCAGUAGAGGGACAAGUGCAGAUGCAUACGAAGUUCUGAGGGCUUUGAUGUCUAUUCCUCGGCAAGGAGAGGGCAAUCAAUCUUAUGUUGCGGAGUUUCGGUCAUUCCACCAUUUUUUUCUGUUCAUUUAUGCAUAUCACGCGUCUCUUUGUAGAGCAAGCAUUACUUAUGGACGCUCUCGCUUCUAUCAAGCGCUAACAGACCUCACCUUUCAAUCCCUAUUCACUUCGGCAGCCAACGCAGCACGGGAAGGAGAUGCCUUUACAAAACUAAUGACAAUCCUAUCAUUUACCUUUUCUGCUGACAUAUGUGACUUCAGUUCGGUAAUAUACGAUGAGCUAAUAGCAUCUUUCACUCUUGUAGAGGUCAGCGACGGUUGUAAGAGUACAGAGAAAACGGCAACAAUAGAUAUGUACAUGACAGGUGUGUUCAACUUGGCAGACAUAUUUAAAGCACUCGGAGAUGAUGUUCUGAAGCAGGCACCGGACCUAUGUCUUCUUUAUCCCAAUCCCAGCCUUGCAGAGCUGCUCCUCAACUAUCGCAUCAUCUCCUUCAAAACGAGUAUUGACAAGCAGUGGUUGUAUGUGGCCAAUCCUCGAUUCAUACUGACUCUUUCUACCAAGCAUAAUGUGUGUGAGAUAUAUGAAUAUGGGGAGAACUUCCUCAUCAGCGACCUAGUUUUUGAUAUGAGGCCCUUCCCGGCCAUUCACGUUGAAUUUGGCUAUGCUCCCUACGAGCUAGUGAUGGCAUCAGUAGGGUAUUCUCCCCCAUACACUCCAGAGAACAUACGGUUACUGUCUGCCAAUUGUAGCAAAACUACUAUAAAGCAGACAAACGUGCUGUACGCAAAUCUGGCCUCGCUGUCACAAGCAAGCAGGGUCACCAGUAGAAACGCAAGUCGGAGGCUAAGGCUAGUUCCACAGAGGAAGUCAAGGAGAAGGAUAGACAAACGGAAACGAGAUGCCCCUAGCCCAAUCAGCACCCUGUCAGAAAACAGGGGUUUCAGAGGAAAGAAGGUGAAUCAGCAGAGAACACAGGCUAACCCAGAAUCUAGUGCAACAGGUCCAUUAACCAGUGAUGACCUUUCAAGCAUAACAACCAGCUCUAUGGUCAAUCCAAAUGAAGCAGGAGCCCAGGAGGAGAACCUAGCUAUUACUACUUCAGACAUAGACUCACUGCAGCGCCUCCUUCUGCAAGUAGAGCCACAGCUGGUGUUUUGGGCGUGCAGAGAAGUGCAGGACUUCAACAGCUGUUUCCCAGGCUUUGAAACUGUUAGCACCAAUGUACUAUAUAUAGAACGCGAGGACGAACUAGACAUAGAUCAGUCAGAUCUAUAUCCCCCGACUGCGCUACCCCGGGCUGUUGACGUGGAUUACAGAGAACUCCAAUAUCCGACGAAGACCGUGCAGGAUGACGAGUUAGAUAUAUUAUCACUGGAAGACAGCAUCCCAGCAUACCAUUACUUGCGAUCUUAUGCAGAGGUUCAUGAGCUUCCCAUAAAACUGACCAUAGAAAUAAUAUAA